CAAAAGCGGAAAUGUACGCGCCAUUCCUGGGAUUUUUUAUUGAAAGCCAAAUUUUCACCUGGCAACACUGAUGCGGCGAUUUGGAAUGGCUUUAAAAUACAUUGACAUUGGGGCCAACCUCACGGAUCCCAUGUUCCAGGGCCGCUACGGGGACUCCCAGAAGCACACAGCCGACCUGGACGUGGUUCUGACACGUGCCUGGCAGCAGGGCCUGCAGAAGAUCAUCAUCACCGCCGGCUGCCUCAAGGACGUGGACGAGGCCCUGGAACUGGCCGGCAAAGACGAGCGGCUCUUCACCACGGUGGGCGCACAUCCCACGCGCUGCGGCGAAUUCCUACCAGAUCCCGAGGGCUACUACAACCAGCUGCGCUCCAAGAUCGAGGCGAACCCUGGCAAAGUGCUGGCCAUCGGAGAGUGCGGCCUGGACUACGACCGGCUGCAUUUCUGCGACGCGGAGACACAGCGACUUUACUUCGAAAAGCAGCUGGACCUGGCGGCCGAGUUCGGGCUGCCCCUCUUCCUGCACAUGCGAAACGCUGGGGCUGACUUCAUGGCCAUUUUGGAGAGGAAUCGGGACAAGAUGAAGCAGUGCGGCGGCGGAGUGGUGCACAGUUUCACGGGAACGCUCGAGGAGGCCCAGAGCAUACUUGCCUUCGGCGGCCUUUACAUUGGCCUCAACGGCUGCUCUCUGAAGACGACGGAUAACGCCGAAGUGGUGCGGCAGCUGCCCAACGACCGCAUUAUGCUGGAAACGGACUGUCCUUGGUGUGGCAUACGUCCCUCCCAUGCCGGACACAAGCACGUCUCCACCCGGUUUCCGACCGUCAAGAAAAAGGAAAAGUGGACGGCAGAAACAUUGAUAGACGGACGCUGCGAACCCUGCCAAAUCAGCCAAGUCCUCGAGGCCAUAGCCGGCAUAAAAGAGGAGCCGAAAGAGAAGCUGGCGGAGCUGUACUACCAAAAUACUUUGGACUUGUUUUUCAGCAAAUCAAAGAAGAUGGAAUAAAGGCAAUUGCAAUUUUGUA